CCAUUUCCUCAUGAUGACGUCAUCAACAAACUUUUCUUCAUGGCUACUGCUAGGCAACGGCUCCUCAUCAGAAGGAGACAAAUCAGCAGCAGUCCUGGGAGCUGUCUUGAGCCUGAUGUGUGUUACUGGGGUGGCCGGCAACCUCUAUGCUCUGGCGGUGGUGCUGGCCUCAGCCUCUGCCUCCUCUCUGCAUGUCCACCUAAUUAACCUAGCUUUAGCAGACCUUUUGUAUCUCUUGACGGCUCCCUUCAUUGUUCACAAUGGGCUGGUGAAGGACUGGCCUUUUGGGGAAGCUGGCUGCCGGAUUCUGCUCAGCCUAGACCUCCUCACUAUGCAUGCCAGCAUCUUCUUGCUGACUCUGAUGAGCUGUGAGCGCUACACUGCUGUGGUGCACCCGUUCCAGGCUGCCAGCCGUGCGCGGCGAUGCAGCCGACCUCUGGCCAUUGCUGUUUGGCUCCUGUCCUUUGCUCUGGCCCUCCCCAUGAUGAUCAUGAUCCACCAGGAAGAACGUACAAUGGGGAAUGGAGCUGGGGUGCGUCGCCUCUGCUCCCCUACCUGGAGUGAGGAGCAAUACAAAGUAUACCUGAGCAUCCUUUUUGGCACUAGCAUAGUGGCACCUGGGAUAGUCAUUGGGUCACUCUACUGGCGUCUGGCAAGAAGCUACUGGCUGUCACAGACCCGUGGAGGUUUGGGACGUUCCCCUAAGAACCGGGUCUUCCUCCUCAUCCUUGUGAUUGUCUUGGCAUUUUGGGCCUGUUAUUUGCCUUUUUGGAUCUGGCAACUCCUUCCCCUUUAUUGCCCAUCGGCAGCCCACCUGCCCAUCCACACGGAGAUCUCUGUCAAUCAUCUGGUGACCUGCUUGACCUAUGGGAACAGCUGCAUCAACCCUUUCCUCUACACUCUGCUGACACGCAACUAUCGUGAAUACCUACGUAGUCACCAACGAGGGGCUUCCUGGGGCUUUCUGCCAUGCCUCCAGAGCAGAAAUGGGUCUCAGAGGGUCACAGGCACCUGAGACACAGGUAAGCAAGGACGGACACUAGAGGAAAGCCAAGAUGAAUCUUGCUCAUAGCUGGUAUGAGCUGACAGAAUCAUGACUUAUAAUAGUAGGGUAAUUUUUUAGAUGUUUGAGAUCACAACCUGAUCAUCCCCGCAAUGCAACUGGUAGUUAAGAGAAUGGCCCAGCUAGCAUGCCCAGGUCAUGCAUUGGGGCGAUCAAUAGAAAUGCUAAUUCUCAAAUGGAUUAGAGCAAGGUUGCUACCAAUUCUUUGUAAUGUGCAGAAUGGAGAAACAGACUCACUAACAAUUGGCAUAUAUGCCAGGUUUUCCCCUUAUUCCACCCACUCUCCAAAUUAAUUUAAUUAAUUUACUCUUGCUGAGUAAAACUAGAUCUCUUUUCAUCUAUGCUGCUUAGA